UCUUUGCCUCUCGAGCCACGUGACUCAUCAUCGAGUCAAGAAAGCGCCGCCGAGUCUCACUUCCCCCACUUGCCACACGCGCAGCAGAAAUAUGACAACGAAACCAAAAGUUUUCCAACGCUUUCCUCGCGGCGUCUUACACCGGAACAUUUCUGAAAGAUCGUCGACCUGCCGGGCAGAUUUGAACCUGAUCUCACUCUACCGUAUGUCCCCGUCUGAAUGGACGCGAGCGUCCAUUUGGAGCAAAGAUUAUGACUCCGCUGUCCCUCGGAAUUGGCCGAGCCUUACUGCUCGGCUUUGGUCUUUUAUUCCCUUGGACCAUCGACGGUUGCGCUGGAUUCGUGCUGAAGGACUGUCGAAUAAGCAACGGCAACGCCAUUUGCUCGGCCAGCAAACUACGAGCCGUCCCUCGGGACAUCCCCCCCUCGGUCAAAACCUUUGACUUGGCUGUGAACAAAAUAUCGAAGAUCCGUGCGGGCGAUUUCGUCAAUUACACGGCUCUGCUGGAGAUAGACCUCAAACGCAACAACAUCUCCCAGGUCGAGAAAGGUUCCUUCGCCAGCCAGCGCGCGCUCAAAAAGUUAAAUCUGAAUAAUAACCGUCUCGCAGAAUUGGGAGAUAUUUUUGGCGGUUUGAGCAACCUGAGUGAGCUAAGACUGGCGAGCAACGACAUCAGGACCGUGGCGCCUUCCUCCUUUCAGCCCCUGACAAAUUUGACUGUCUUGGACUUGUCGUUUAACAAAUUGCAGCACCUGACAAAGGUUCACUCUGCAUUGCAACAUUUACCAAAUCUGCAGUAUCUGUUCAUCAAAAAAAUCGGUUUGACCAUUUUCCGGUCCUGGGAACUGACCAACAGGACAGUGGGCGUAGCGUACCUUGACAUGUCUCAGAAUUACAUCGAUGUCUUCAGUGUCAGCGCAGAUGUUUUCCAAAACCUCACUUGGCUCAAUAUAGGUGGUUCUCCAAGGAGGCAGGAGUUGUCGUGGGAGAUCGGCGAGCCGGCGGGGCUCAGCCGGGUGACCACGCUGGACAUUGGUGGACUUCGCUUGGCGCAGAAAGAUGCCGGUGCGCUUUUCCAGAGCUUGAGCUUCUCACUGAGCACUCUCAGGAUGAACGCCAUGAAAUGCGACCUCAGAGAGCUGCUCAACAUGUCCUGCGCCAUCCCGACACUUACUCAGCUGCAACUCAGACGCAACAAACUUCGGCAGGUGGAUUCCCGUCUGCUUCGUCUGUGCUCCUCCCUCACCGAGUUGGAUUUGGCUGAAAAUCGCAUUAAAAACCUCUUCAGUGACUCUUUCAGAGCUCUUCAAAGCUUAAAGCGCUUGACUCUCAGCCAAAACAGGCUCUCGUCGGUCCCACCCGCCAUUAGGAAUCUGACCAGACUUCUGGAACUGGACCUGAGCUCCAACAACAUCACCUUUCUGGGGUGUCGAGACUUCGAGGAGCUCGGCAACCUCAGAGUGCUCGGCCUUGAUCAGAACUUCAUCUCGACUCUGAAGCAGUGUGUGUUCAAGGACCUGACCAAGCUUCAGGUCCUCAAAUUGCAGAUAAACCGAAUCACUGAAUUGAACGGCGCUUUUAAAAGAUGCUUGCCCAAUCUUAGACAGCUGAAACUUGAUGAUAACAAACUUACCGCUAUUGGACGGGGAGACUUUGAGGGGUUGCGGUCCCUCCAGAACUUAUCGAUGCAGAGGAAUGAACUCUGCAAACUCGAAAACGGUUCAUUUGUCGGCCUAACGAUGCUCACGGACAUUCUGCUGCAAUCCAAUGAGCUCCAAGAGACUGACAUAAAGGCAAGCGUGUUCAACGAUCUUAUUAAUUUAAGACGGUUGAGUUUAUUGAACAAUCGCGUCAAGUACAAAACCAGUUCCGCGUUGCCCGUACCGCCGUUCUCUCGGCUUUCUCGUCUGGAGACUUUAGCCAUGGCGGGACAACACAGCAGGGGCAAGUUCCAGCUGCCUCGCAACUUCCUUCGAGGUUUGACCAACCUUCUGAUUUUCGACGCCAGGAAUGUCCAACUCAUAUCCUUGCACCAAGACACGUUCAAGUACACACCGCGGCUUCAGAAGCUUGACAUCAGCUCAAAUGAGCUGAUGGAUGUCUCUCCCAGGUUGUUCGAUCCCGUCCCGAAUCUCCGUAGCCUCUACAUUUCAAGAACCUCUGUUCCGUCGCUCGAUUUCCUAAACGAGGCCAACCUUACCAGCCUCGAGUUCUUACAGGCACGAAGGAACCAGUUUUCAGUCAUCACCCGGGAACAAAUGGAAGCCCUUCCUGGUCUGGCAUAUUUGGAUCUUCAAGGAAACAGUUUCUUAUGCGACUGCGACAACACCUGGUUCCUCCAGUGGUUGAACAAAACAAAAACCCAAGUGUUCGACGCCGAUAACUUUGUAUGCAACUACCCCCGCCACCUUAACGGCAUGAAGCUGCUGGAACUCGACGUCCGAUCCUGCUCGGUAGACGUGGAGUUCAUCUACUUCAUCUCCACCGCGUGCGCCAUCCUCCUGUUUCAGCUGUCAGCCUUCACCUACCACUUCCUGCGUUGGCAGCUGGCCUACGCCUACCACCUCUUCCUGGCUCUGCUCUACAAGAGGAAAUUCAGGGACAAGGAGCCAGAGUGCCUCUACGACGCCUUCGUGUCUUACAACACGCACGACGAGGCCUGGGUCUUCGGGGAGCUGCAGCCCAAACUCGAGGAAGAGCAGGGCUGGAAGCUGUGCCUGCACCAUCGAGACUUUGAGCCAGGGAAGCCCAUCAUUGACAACAUCACAGAGGCCGUCUACGCCAGCAGAAAGACCAUCUGCGUAAUCAGUCGCAAAUAUCUGGAGAGCGAGUGGUGCUCCAGGGAGAUUCAGAUGGCCAGCUUCCGCCUGCUCGACGAGCACAAGGACGUCCUCAUCCUGGUCUUCCUGGAGGACAUUCCCAUCUGGGAGCUGUCCCCUUACCACCGCAUGAGGAAGCUACUGAAGAAGUGGACCUUCCUGAGCUGGCCCCGGGCGGCCCAGUGCACCGACCUCUUCUGGGAGAAGCUCCGGCAGGCUCUUAAGACCGGCGAAAACGUGGGCGGGGAAAUGUUGCUCCUCACCGUGACGGACUCAACGGGGUGAACGUGACGAGGUGGAGGUAACGAAGGCGGACUAUACAAGCAAGUGGAAAUUUAGAUUUGGGAACGUUGGGCGUAGUACCACCUUGUGCCACAACAUGCAGGGCGGCGCUGAGCUCUACUCGAUUUUGACCGGAGAGAGAAAAAGAAACAGAAAAGGUAAAAUAAAAAUCCUCGUGCCCUGUGAGGCAUAUAAUUGGUGACAUAAAACAUGCUCAAUUUUCUUACGAUGCUGCGCCGUGUCUGCUAAAAUAGCAGUUGUCUGAAGUAUUAUAGAUUUAGAUGUCAUAUGUAAAUGACACCUAAACUUGCCGUUUCAUUCGCAUUAAGCUAUCGAAGUGGUGUUCAUAUAUGGUUUGGUGAGACAUUUUGGCGUUCUAAUAUAUUUUUAUGAGUAGCUUUUACAGUAAACUUCAUCUUGGAGUGACCAAGAGACAACUUGGAAGGACGCAGGCUUGAAAGCCCUCUCAUUAGGUGAAAUGUGAAAAACGAAAGAGUGAGAACAAAAUGUCACUCAUAUAACGUGCACCAAAAAGGAACACUUCAAAAGUGGGGCUUAAUUAUUUUUGUUAAAAAAAAAAAAAAAUGCGUGUUGGCACCAAAAUUUUUUUGAUGAUAGUUUCCACUCAAUUGCGUUCACGCUGCAGUCACUUUCCAAGAUGUCCGAUACAUAUCUGUGGAGAAGAGACCUGAUUCUGAUCUGUAGAUAUCUGAUUCCAUGGUUUGUUUUUUUUUUUUUUUUUUUUACCCCCUUCCAUGAGGCAUAUCGAAUUGGAAUUUUUCCAUUUGUCCGGCCUUAAAGAGCCCUUCACAAGUUUCAGAGGACAAUUGUUUACUUUUCCAUAUGCGUGGAACAAUCGGGUAGGAUUUCACUCCCUUUAGCAUGCCGGUACUGCGUCUGCCAAGCAAAUUCGAACUGGGAAGUCCUCAUUUUUAUCUCUCUCGCAACGUUCUGGUCCCAUUCUGACAUUUUACAGCAAUAAAAAUUCCUUCAAUAUAUUUCUUUCCAACUGAAAAUUUGAUGAAUUUUUCUUCAUGAACCCAAACUGCACAGUAAUGACAAU